AUGAGUAUUGAUCCACGCCAUCGUUAUGGACAGAAUCUGUACUUGUAUUAUGAUGUGUGGUUUAAUAGUGGGAGCUUUCAACCUUUCUUCUACUGGCUGGAUGUUGGAGAUGGCAAAGAAGUGAAUCUCGACAAGUGCCCAAGAACUGAACUGCAUCAUCAAUGCAUUAAAUACCUUGGACCAAAAGAGAGGGAUGCUUAUGAAGUGAUUGUGGAAAGUGGGAAGCUUAUGUACAAACAAAGUGGGAACCUUGUGAAUACUCCUGAAGGUUCUAAAUGGAUCUUUGUACUCAGCACAUCAAGGAACAUGUACGUAGGGGAGAAGAAGAAACGCCUUUUCCAGCACUCUAGUUUUCUAGCUGGAGGUGCCACCAUUGCAGCCGGAAGACUGGUUGCUCUUAAUGGGCUUCUUGAGGCUGUAUGGUCCUAUAGCGGUCAUUAUUGCCCAACAGAAGAGAAUUUCAUGGAAUUCAUUAGUUUCUUAGAGGAGCUUCAUGUGGACUUGACAGAUGUUAAAAAAUAUCCGAUAGAUGAUGAUAUUCCACCUUCAUCUGCUACCAAGAAAGAAAUAAACUGA